GGGUGGUUUCCAUCAACAUUCAAAAAGCCGAAGACAGCUUUCACCUUUGUCCUUCUCGACUUUUUCCAUGAACUAAGCUUCCAGAGUAAGGUCAAUGCCUUCGGCUUCUAUCAGACUCUCUUGCAAGUCACAGAUGACUCGGGCCUCCUUUCAUCCCCUGUAAAUUUUCAGCAUUCAGUGCGCCUUUGGUACCAUCUGCACAUGCUGAAGCAUGCCAGACAUGGCCAUGAUCCCAGAGGACCAGAUGGGACUUCAGAAGGGGAACUUAUGGUCAAAUGCCCUGCGUGUCCCCACCCAAAUCGAAAUUUACCUGAAAACUGGGAUAAGGCCAGCUCAUCUUAUGCUCAUGCUAGCAGUGUUUGA